AUGCGCAUCAGUUCCGCAGUCGCAGUUGUUGUUCUGCUGCUCACACCGGCAGCUCUUGCUGACAUGCCUCCGGGGGACUGGUCAGGAGAAACUACGAUCACCGUCACUUCAUCCUUCUUGACCACUCUGACCGUUACCAAAACCCUGACAUAUGCAAAUGCCACUACGACCAGCACAUAUUCCUUUAAACCAAGCGGCUGGAAUGUUACCGCUCCUACGACCAAAGCAGCAACCACAAUCAACAAACCCACGUUGACAGCUCCGGCCUCAUCAUCAUCGACCAUCUUCGAGGCAUCACCGUCUGUUGCUUCAGCCACCGGAGCGGCAUGUGUCCAAGAGAUCAAUCUCGCCGCGGCAGCUCUUGCAGGAGCAGCUGCCAUGGUCUGGGGCUCAUUGUGA